AUGGCGGCCCUUCUUUCGACAUCUGCCUUGAGACGGAGGCUGCAGAAGGCUUUUGGCGGAGAGAGCGCCGGCAGGCGGUUGCGGAGUUGGGGCGGCCAGGCUGAGGCACCGGAGAAGCAGACGAAAGUGAGCGCGCUGCUCAGAUGGGAAGAGCUUCCGGAAUGGCAGCAAUGUGGGAGUGAACACAUCAAGACGGGUUAUCGAACAGCAUGCUUCUCAGUCUGGGAGUGCUUUCAUAGCUGGACAUAUGUUCACAAUGAAACGAUCAACAUCUACUCACACAUAAUCGGGGCGAUCCUCUUCAUGUCCCUUCCAUUCCUCAUCUUCGGCAAUCCCAUUUCCCCGAGAUGGACAACCGCCUCCACCUCAGAUAUCGUCGUCUGCAGUAUCUACGCAUCAGGUGUUACAGUCUGUUUCGUUCUCUCAACUGCCUUCCAUACCUUCAUGUCUCACAGUGAACCCUACUACCUCGCCGGCAUAAAAGCGGACUUUCACGGCGUGCUGGCUCUGAUGUGGAGCUCGACGGCACCGCUGGCACACUACACCUUCCCCUGCUCGCCGCGCACCCGCGAUGCCUACGUCCUGCUGACGGGCACGCUUGCCGCUCUGUGCGCCGCGGCGACGACGAGGCCGAACCUGGGCGCCGUGCAUCUGGGUCACCACCGCGCCGCGCUGUUUGCCACGUUUGGCGCUGCGGCGUUUGUGUUGCCGAUCGGGCAUGGUGCUUUGGUGUUUGGGGCUGGUGAAGAGUGGGCGCGGGUCGGUGGCCCGUGGAUACUGGCGACGGCUGGGUGUAAUGCGUUGGCGGUCUUUGUAUACUGGGCCAAGUUUCCCGAGUUGUGGUUCCCGAGGACGUUUGAUCUGUUUGGGGCCAGUCAUCAGAUUAUGCAUAUAAUGGUUCUUGCCGCAGCGCUCGCGUACGCGAAGGCUGUAGUCGUGGCUUUUGAUUAUAGACAUAACCAGGGGCUGGUGUGUUGA